AUGAUCUUAAAAAGUAGGUUCGCUGAUGUUACAAUUCCUCAGAAUAUGUCAUGGCCUGAAUAUGUCUAUCGGAACUUUGACAGCUACGGUGACAGGACAGCAAUUGUAAGUAGCCAACAACCUUAUAAUUCGGCUAAGACUAUACUAAUGGCGCUCUUGAACUCCAAUCAGCUAAUAGAUAAACUCCAGAGCUAAAUGGCUAGUUUUCUUGGGGGGAUAGGAAAAAUUUCCUAGUUCCGUGCGAUCCUUGUUAUAAGCGGCCUAUUCCUCUCCGUGGAAAACAUGUCAAUGAGGUCACUUUCAAACUGGGCGUUUUAGUGUGAAUGGAUGUGUUAGAGGUUGAGGGUAGGCUCGCUUUAUUACGGAUGUCAGAGGAUGUAUUUAUAUUUUUCCGAACAAGCAGAUCUUUUCAGUUUAUUUUGUUGGGGACCGGACAUAUUACUAAGGGGCGGUUUCGGUUCACGGUCGUUCUCUAGACUUUCUAACGGAAAGUUUAUAAACGAUGUAUGGGUGUAGUCUAGUGAUAGCCUUCCUCAGGAAAAGAAUAAAAAAUGCUCGUAGAAAGAGACCUGAACCUGCCAUUUCGUGAGAAAUGUUCAUACUUUAGUAAGUUAAUAAAUCAGAUAAUACGCGAGAAUCUCGAGAGCAGAACCACAAGUAUAGAACCCGAGAUUGAAGAAUGUUUUGAUUUCAGACACCCCUUUGUCCGGUUGCGGUCAAUACAUGUUGAAUAGCUGUUAUAGCUUCUAUGCAAAUUUAAGGUCCCUUUACGCAGUAUCGGCUUUCGUGUUUGCCGUCAGCUAUAGAGAAAAAAAUUUACAUAAGACUUCUUUGUGAUGUGCCUCUUUUUGCAUACUGGUCACGCAACUUAUGAAUGCCUAUAAAUAUUUACUGAAGAUCGCGGACACUGCCGACUUUUAAAUUUUCUGGUAGACUUAAAACUCACUAUAGUCGUAACAGACGGGAAGAUAGCUAUUUACCGAGUUAGAAUUUUGAGUUGUUGGAUAUGAGAAGGGGGCGGGCGGGCGGGGAGGGUUAGUCUCAUACACAGCCGUUUUUUAGCGUCGUCACACCCAGACUAACGGGAGGGUCUUGGAUUUGGUGCUGUCCAAGAUGAAUUAAAACCAGGAUGCUGCUCUAACGAACCCUCCUUUAACAAUGGAAAUUCAUUGAGACAAUAUGAGGCCGUGUUCAAAUGUCCUUUACUGCCGAGGCGAGUGCAAAACACUUUGUUCAGCGACAGCCUCAGUUCUCUUUCCCGAUCAAUGCUCUGUUUUCGACAUUUUAAAACAUGCCUGACGGCUAUGCCAUGCUGCUGAGCCCCACGAAGGGCGAAACAGCUGUCUAUGGUUGCCACUGCCCGGUUGAUAUGGUUGUACACAUGCGUAAGGUGCUGGGCAUACCGCGGAGCUGGUACUGUGCUUUAGUGAUGGUAAAAUUAAAGGUGUUGUUUACAACCCAUGCUGCCAUACACUCCCAAUUAAUGAUUAUUAAUGCAGAUGAUUACCUGCCAGACUAGAAGAAAACGAGUAAAAUUGCCGUGACAAAAUAAUGUAGAGCGCCUGUUAUGUAUCUUGCUUUCAGAUCGAUGGGGUAUCCGGCCACUGCUACACGUUCAAACAACUCAAGAGCUUAACUAGAAAGUUUGCUUCCUCUCUGGUGAAAAGAGGCUUUAUGAAAGGAGAAGUUUUUGCUAUCUAUCUUCCUAACAUUGUAGAAUAUGCUAUCAUUUUCUACGGUGUGGGCUUCGCAGGGAGUACCUCUACCACAGUGAACCCACUUUACACCGCCAAAGAGUUAGAGAAGAAGCUAAGUGAGACGCAGGCUACGUAUCUUGCUACAUCGCGCCAGUUCCUGGACAAAGCUUUAACUGCAAAUAAGGCCCAAGGGAAAAUAAAAAAGAUCAUUGUCAUCGGUACGUAGAGUUAACAGGUUUGUUGAGGUCAGUUCGUUUUGUUGUCGCAGUUAUCUUACUCAUCUCCCCAACUUGAACUCUGUGCUUUGUCCCUUGGGGGCGGGUAGUCAGGGAAUGUUUCGGUGGGAGUUCUCCUCUGCCGUGGACCCUGAAACCCUUGACCUAUACCACCCAUGUUUAACUGCUGAUUUUGCCGACUUUAUUCUAGACUAGGUACCAAAUACCCCUAAGUCUAUCACCGCUACGAAACAGAAACUUCAUUUUUCAUGCCAUUGUUGGGUUCCUCAAAUGAUACCAAGACUAAAACUGCCUGAAAGCCCAUCUCCUCCUAGAAGCACGUACCACUCCGGCUGGCUUUUUAACUCUCGGACUACUCAUUCCACUCAUAACGCAUUUUCCAUAAUACACCUCAUUUGCACCCCAAAAUUUUGCAUAAGCAAUGUUUUUAAUUUCUCUCUGGGCGACUGUCUUAAAAACAAGGAGAAGUUGGAUUUAAAUGUUUACUCAAAAUUUUAGGGGACAUCGCAACGACAAUUUUUAGCGCUACAGCGCGUUGCAAGAGGGUCUCAAUGGGGUGGUGGCUUUUACGGUUAUCGGCUAAAAUUUUGGCUCUUUUACGGCUAUCGGUUAAUUUUUUUCAGUUACGGUUAACGAAAAAGUUAAAAAUUAACUUCUUUUGUUUCAAAGAGUUAAAUAUUAAUCAACCUGUAUUUUUUUGAAUAAGGGUCUUCGGAUCAUCUCGGGAUGAAAUAAGCUAUUCUUUUAUAAAGUAUUUCACUUCUAAUAUUAUUUUACACAUAGUAAUGUCAAUAGCCAAUUGAAAAAUUAUCUUCGUGAAAAAGCAAAAGCAGACACACGAACGCCAAAUCAAAGCCGGGGCGCGACAUUCAUUAAAACAGAAAUGGCCGUUUUCACACUAGAGAAGGAUUAUUCGUGUGAGACGGGUUAUCCGUUUGAUGAUUCGCGUCAGAUAGGUAAUAUGUCUUAAUUUGAAAAUGGAAUAGUUUUAAUUUGGAACGAACAAUCUGCCUGACUUUUGAAGACGGGAUUAUCCGUUCCAGAUAGCCUGUGUACAGCCGCCCCCUCCCCUCAGAAAAAAUCGGAGAAGGGGUGUCUGUGGAGAGGACGCGACUAGACACAGGCUAGUCUCAGACGGAUGAUCCAUUUCUAGCUAUAGUGUCAAAAAGGCCAAUAACAAAAUUCCCGUGUCCAGUGUUUUUAAUGAUAGCGAAGGACUACGGAACGAUUGUCUGCCGUUGCCUUGUCCGUAGGCUGCAUUAUUCCGCACGGCUAAUGCGUUUCGGGUCACGUGGUCCGAGCGAGUUCACCACCGAAAUGCCUUGACCGAAACUGCGUGGGUAGACGCCGUACAGGGACUAGGCAUGGCAAUGUCUACCGUAGCGUCAGAGAAAAACAGGGAAAUGUUGCUUAUCGGCAACGAGUUUUACAAACAGUGACAUCUCUGCGUGUUGUUUCACUAGUGUUUCGAGGGCACGACCUCCGGAAAAUUGCAAAUAUUAAUCCCCAGCAAGAAGCCACACUUUCGCUAGUUAGUUCCCAGAGAGAGCGCCGGAAAUGGAGCCUAGGUCUAGGUUAACUCCUAAAAGGCGCUUCGCCUAACGUGCGUAUGGAGUCACACUAGCCGGGAAAUAAAAAACGCAACCAUAAGUGAGUUUAGUACCUUCCUUAAAAGUAGCAAAUCUAGGGAACACUUUCUUUUACGGUUAACUCUUUUUUACCCUAAUUACGGCUAACGGUUAAAAUUUUUCAAUUUUUACGGCUAUCGGCUAAAUUUUUGGCCGUUUUACGCCUAUCGGUUAACCCCAUUGAGACCCUCUUGCAACAUUGAUACGACAUUGUUCUGAAUGGUUACAAGAUUGUUCCAACAUGGCAACGCUGACGGUUGUACUAAAAAUCGUCGUUACGAAUCGUCCUUUGUAACAUCACCUUUAUGGGAAAUACGUAAGUGGUGAAUAAGGUAAUAUAGUCAACUCUCUCCAAGACGGUAAUCGCUGAUAACGGCCCUGCUGUCCGACUUAGCGAGUUGCCAGUCGAGGUGACGUGAUACCAGUAAUACAGGAAAAUAAAUCUGAACCGAUUGACGUCUGUUUUACUUAUGUAAAACAGUAGGAAAAUGAAACACUUUCUCAUUGUGUAAUCAAACGUUCAUUUCAUGCAAACAUUCAUGGCUUAGCGAUCUAAAAGCGUAACAGUUUACAUUCGAGUAUACCACUCUCUGCGCACUGGAACAAGACUACGAAAAAAUAAACUACAUAAUUACAUAAAGCACGUCUCAAGUGUCCUUUGAUGGCCUCAAAAAUGUCCUUUAUUCGUGUUAGAUAGGUUCUUGUCUUUUUAAUGGAUAGUUUAAUUGCAGUAAAAUGACUCCCGAAAUAACGGCAGGGACCAUGACAGGGUGUCCAUCUUCGAGAGGUGCCCGUUAUGAGAGAGUUGACUGCAUGCAUAAUUAAUUGAAAAAUACGUAUUCGACUGCUAUGAGAAAAGAAGAUCAUUAGUUGUUUGGGUUAACAUUGAUUAUAGUUCCACUAGUGUGCAAUUUCUGUUAUGAUUUUAAAUUAUUUGGAUAAAGUCGAUAUACAUAGGACUGUAUAAGACUCCAAAUAAAACAUUGUCUUGUCUUGUCUUGCAUAACGAACCGUUCUUUAACAGAUCCAGAGGAGGAAGUUAGUAACUGCGACUAUGAGCUGUUUACCCAGCUCGUUGACGACGACGAAGCAAGCUUUCCAGAACAGAUCGCGAUACAUAAAGACGACUUAUUCAACAUACCAUACUCAAGUGGUACCACAGGGUUUCCAAAGGGAGUAAUGGUCACCCAUGGCAACAUGCUAGCCGACAUUUGCAUAAUGCUGGGCUCAGGAACUUUGGUUUUAACAGAAGAGACUGUUCUAUUGGCACUGCUUCCGUUUUAUCACACGUAUGCUCAGCUUAUUAUGCUUGGUGCGGGCUUAGCCCAGGGAUGCAAGGUGGUUGCUUUGCAGCGAUUCGAACCAGAAACAUUUUUGCAAGUGAUGCAAAAUUAUAAGGUGGGAUAAGCAUUUCUGUCAGAUCUCAUUUUUUCUGCGAGAAGUACAUAUAGGGGACGUUUGAAACAAUUGACACACAAGUCAAGCGAGUGCCAUAAGAGCGGUAAUCUUUUAAAGCUAAAAUAUUACUUUCAGACCUUCGUCACAACAGGCGUAUUCCCCUUGCCCGUCCUCCAUUUUGUUCUUUGUCUUUAACCCUCUAAGCCCUAAGAGAAUCAGCAUCUAAUUUCUCCUUUUAAUAUCAAUGCUUUGUAAAACAGAGUGGUCAUGAGAAUUACGGACAUGAUCGCGCAAGAUGAAUUUGCUUGAUAUUUUAUCAACCUCUCCUCACUACUUCUGUAGGAAAUGAAUAGGAGCAACAAAUGAGAAUUCAAAUUUUGAUCUUCGGGUUUAAAGGAUAAAGUGCCCGAUAUCUUAUUGGUCGCAUUUUUUCUCUUCCCAAGGCAUGUAAUCUUGCUUUGUAAACUGUCUGUGUUCAAAAUCAAAGAUGGAACUGACUUCUCGUCGACCAUAGAAUAGGCCUCUACUGGAUUGGUUUCCUUGAAAUUCAGUUCCCCGGAAAGUUUUGUUCCGCCGGAGAGCUAAAUUUGUCAGUUUUAUUUUAAUCAGGUUACAUAUGCACCAGUUGUUCCUCCGAUUGUGCUCUUUCUGGCCAAGGAUCCGUUAGUCGACAACUUUGACUUGUCUUCGGUUGAGGAAGUCUUAUGCGCAGCUGCUCCAAUGGGCGAUGGUCUAGAGGACGCACUGAGCAGACGAUUGCCCAAAGUGAAAGAAAUUAACCAAGGUAUUUUACAAAUCGGAAACUACAAAAUGUUAUAUUUGAAUGAAUAAUUACCAUGCCAAGAACGUGGGACAAGGAAAAAAUGCUUGAGAACUAGCCGGACAGGAUUGAAAUGACUAGAAAGGAUUUGGGUCAGUAUUAAGUUGGUUAACAGGCCUUUUUUAACAACUCGAGUUGUUUAAGGCCUGUGUCCAAUGGGCUUACCUGUAGAAAAUAAUUUAUUGGCUAUAUCAUAAACAAAGAGUAUGGGGCACUGAAUUAUAAUUUGGCAAUGAAUAUUUUGUUGGUAAGUCACGUGGCAUGUCACGUGGCCUUAAUAUUACGUUUUGCAAAAGAAGACUUCAAGAUUUACUUCUGGGGAAAAUUCCAUCUUGUUCUAGGUAUCCUAGCGAGAGUUAUUGCCAUUCAAUCAUAUUUUUCGGGCGCACCUUUCGUCCAGGUUUGAAACCCCUUGGGAAACCUUUACAUAUGGAAGUACAUCACAGCCACACAGAUGCUCGAACUUAGAGUCCACAGUGGAACUCGUUAAGUCCCGCUGUGUUCUACAGAGUUGCUUGGUUCUCAGUUUGUCUAUGUUUUACUAUGUGACGUUUUAUAGUUAAUUCCUAUCACAGGUUAUGGCAUGACAGAAAUGCUUGCUACUCAUAUGCAGCCCAGGGGAGGCACGAAACCCGGAAGUGUUGGUGUCCUUAUGGCCAACUUGGAAUGUAAGGUAAAAGUUUUCUAUAUGCAUAAAAACUAUUUUCCUUUCCAACCAUGAAAUUUAGAAAUGUUUAAAUAAGUACAUACAUAUACAUACAAUCAUAUAACUUUACUUAAACUCGGAUUUAGAAUAGUUUGAGAGAGAGCUAGUAUCUCCGAGUAUAAUAAUAUUUAAGAAAUACAACAAAAUUGAUAAAGUAUGAAAGUAUAAAAUUGCUACGACUAUUAUUAGUUUCGUCUUACAAAAAAAAUUACACAGUAAUAUUAUGAAUAGCGCGCUUAAAAGCAAUGAGAGAUUGAGGAGCAGUAUAUCUGAACGAUUGUAAUCUAUAGUAGGUUGUAGUAACUCUUGAUAGAUCCAAUUUUAGGGUACCUCUGAGGUUAUACGCAGUUGUUCGUUCUUUUAAUGGUGAUCUGAGCCGUGUUGGGGCAAUUCCUUAUAUUAAAGAGUCUUGUAUUCCCUUAUCAAAUUCCUCACGUAGUGAGGUAACGUUGAUUCAUCGCUGGAUUUGCCACGCUACGAUCUCUUUAGCCUACCGCGCCACAGGAGAAACAUCUGGCUAAGUCGUCUUCGAAACAGCGUCGAAAUCUUUGUCCUGGGCCCCCACCUGUGUACUGGGACUCGAGUUCGCGCAAUGAUUGGACCGUUGAAAAAGCCAUUGUUGAUUUUGCCAAUCAGGUUGAAGAAAAAUGCGAAACGCACUUCGAGUAAUUCGUAGCGUCCGUCGGCGGUCCAGAGAAAGGAUCUCGGCGCUUCUUCGCAGGCGUUACUUGCCAUGGUUGUUCACAGCUGUCGAUAUAAAAGCCACUCGAUCUCCUAAGCGUUCGAUUGCUCGUGGACGACUUCCGUAUGAAAAAGAAGGGAAUGCUCUUCACCUUGCGAUGUAAUGCAAAUUCUGGUCUCACUUAUGGAGUUUAGGAUGGAAAGCUUGGCAAUAGUUUUACCGGUAUUGCUUUGGGUUGUGCGUAAAGAAUUACAAUAGAACCUCCUAAAGCGACCACCCAAAAUGAAGAGAUUUAGCAGUCACUCACGGGAGGUGGCCGUGGACGAGAUCGACCCGCAGAUCGUCUUCCCGAGGAGAGUUUCGACCACAUCUAUUUUUUUUGCAGACAAUGUACUGUAUGAAAUGUGUAACUGUUUUGUGCAUACGUGUAGUUUCAGUUGUCAUUAAAAGGUCUUCGUACGUAUACUCUUAGUGGAGUAGUACAUACAGGGAACAAAGGAACCACACCAUUAAGCCAAAUGGUCGCUUACGAGAAGAGGAUGAAAACAAUGGAAAACUAUGAAUAAACCGUUGUGCCAAAAAGUGGUCGUGGUCGAUUGGUGGUUGCUGAUGGGAGGUGGUCGCUUAUGGGAGGUAGUCGAACAAGGAGGCUAGACAGUAUUUAAACAGUCAUAUGCUGUCGUGCCAUGUUGAACACCGCAUUUGAUUUCAUCAUCUUUAGCACAAUGAUCGAACCGAUGAUGAUGGCAGCAAAAAGUUUUAAAUAGAUGGUAAUCUUAAAUUACAGAACCUUAUAUAUUUAAUUCAGCACUUAAACUCGUUGUUAUGUACUUCAUUAAAAAGGGAAGUGUUCAUAUGUUCAAUGCUUUGCCAAAUAGAUUUUGGAUGUAUCAACUGGUGUUAUUCUUGGUCCACAUCAAGAUGGAGAAAUUUGUGUGAGGGGGCCAACAGUCAUGAAAGGUACUACCUCCGCCCCUUUUUCUAAAAUGAGAUAAUAGAGAUCUUGAAUUACCAUCCGCUGAUAAAGGGCAAUUGCUCGCGAAGAUAGAAUUGUAGUUGUAUUUAACAAUCUGCAAAGCUAGACCAUUAAUAAACAAUUAUUAGAGGAAGUUUUUGUGACAUCCGGAAUAAAAAACGUGGGGUAAGUGUUACUCUUGGAAAUUAUGCAUUGUGCGCGAAACCUACGGAUAAGUCAGUCAUCUGCUAGCAGACAAGGAACUUAUCUGAAGAAGGUUGCGCUACUUUUCAAUAUUAACUGUAAGCUCUUAGUGAGUGAGAAGACGGAUAGUGAGUACAAUGUAUAAUAAUUGUUAAAUAUAAGUGAAAAACACUAACAUACACGUAAUGAUCUCUUGGAAUCGCUAAAUAAAAUAAUUUUAUUCAUGUAUUGCAUCUUUAGGUUAUCUAAAUAACCCGGAGGCCACAGCUCGAUUAAUAGAUAGCGAGGGAUGGGUACAUACUGGAGACAUUGGAAAUUACGAUGACGAAGGGCAUUUCUUCAUUGUGGACAGGCUGAAAGACCUUAUUAAAUAUAACGCCUACCAGGUAUAAUUUUUUUGUAUUUGUUUACGUGCGCGUUGUAUUUCCUUGAGGAAAAUUGAAAACUAGCUAUGAAAAUGAAGUUUUGAAAAAGGCUCAUAUUUUACUCGAAAAAGGUCUAUAAGAAAGUUAUUUGGGUUACUCCAGGCCCAUAGUUCUUCCUAUUGAAUUCUUAACUUAAAUUAGUCUUUGUUUAGUUUUUCGUUACUACAUGUAUUUUUAAUGCAUUAUUGUCCGCGGGUUUUCACUUUACUUAUUUCUUUGUGACUGAGGAGCCCAGGCUUCAUAAGCCUUCUGGUUUCUUCUGGGCUCCCUUGCCAGCUUACAAUUCUUAUAUGUAUUUUUGUAUUGUAAUUUAUUUUGGCUAAAUAAAACUGAACUAAACUGCACUGAACAAAGUACAGGAUUCAUAAUACUUAUUUUUCGAACUCCCAAAGAUCAGUCGUUUAUGCGUGCGCGACCUUAUUUAGAAUCCUUAUGUCCAUCGCCUCGCGCAUUUUAACCCAAUAAAUAAGGGCAAAAAAUAAUGUCUUUACCAACACGGAGCGUGAUUGGGUGUAGCUGGGGGUGAAAAAGUACGGUGAGCGAGAAAAUAAACACCAUUUUAGGUUUUCGUUCGUUCGCACCCUCCUUGCGCUCGUCGCUCGAUCUCCCCGCUCGCCUAUGGUCGCGUUCUUACCAGUUUUUUGUUUUAAAGAAAAUCGAAAGACUCCGAACUGCCUGAAUAUUAUGUAAGCACGUAUUGUCUCCUGUCAAACGGAAAAGCUUAUGUACAGCCCAGCAAUAAUUUAAUCCUCUACUUGAUGGCUGUCUUGUCUCAAGAGAUUUGAAUUUCUCCUAGACCCAAAGUUUUUAAAAUGUGUUAGACUAUCAUUUCCUCUUCUCCAUAGGUCGCUCCAGCCGAACUCGAGGCGUUGCUGAUUUCUCAUCCAAACAUUGAUGAUGCAGCAGUCAUUGGUAUCCCGGAUGAAAAAGCUGGAGAGUUACCAAAAGCAUUUGUUGUACCAAAGGGUGACAUCAAACCAGAAGAAAUACUAGCCUUUGUUGCUGCGAAAGUCGCACCACAAAAGAAACUUAGGGGUGGAGUGGAGAUUAUUGAAAAAAUUCCGAAAAACGCGAGUGGCAAGAUUUUACGAAGAGACUUAAGAAAGAGAGAAAAUGAAAAUCAUUCAUCGUGA